UUCCGUGUCGGAGGAAAGUAAAAACGGCGUGAGAUGUGGCGGGAAAAGGUCAUUGUUGUGGUUUGCAAAGGUGGAUUUUAGUUGGGACUUCGAGACAUUUGACUACGUAAAAAAGACGUUUAAACACAUUUGUUCCCUUAUGGCGGAUCUGGCACAGAACAUCUUCACAAAGAAACUGGAAAUCAAAUAUGAGGACAGGCAGAUACCAGCUGUCCUCACCACGCCCAAUAGACCACGUGACCAAGGCAUUGUCUUUACCCACGGAGCGGGAGGAGACAUGGAUACUCCACAAGUUGCCCUCAUUUGUGAGGGUUUGUCCAAGAGAGGAUUCACUGUCCUCAGAUUUACCUGCAAGAGCCUUAAUCUUAAAUAUCGGACAAAGGUGUAUGCUGAAGUUGUGAAAUAUUUCAAGAUGAACUGCAGCGAAGUCCAAAGAUGCCUUGUAGGAGGAAGAUCGAUGGGGUCAAGGGCAGCGGUUGAAGUAGCCAAUCAGCUGAAAGGAACAGAAUUUGAAUCUUUCGUCCAGGGAGUAAUCUGUGUCUCCUAUCCUUUGUACCCACCCGGUUCACCAGAAAAAAUCAGGGAUGCUCCCUUGUACGAUCUCUGCCAGCCGUCAUUGUUUGUAAGCGGAGACCGAGAUGACAUGUGUGAGAAGAAGAGACUUAUUGACGUUCUAGACAACGUGAAGAAUAGUUCUGUUUGUUGGUUAGAAAAUGCAGAUCACAGUUUAGUUGUGAGAUCUUCAGGUCUAGAAAAUACCGUUCAAUUUGUCAUCGACAAAAUAUGCAACUGGCAUUAUGAGACGAAAGGCGAAAAUCAAAAUAACGCCCAUUCUGAGUCUCGUCACGUGAUAGAAGCAAAGGUUCCAAAACUAAGAUACAAGGAGAAAGUGUGAAAUCUUCGAAAAAACGGAAACUGAAGAACAAAUCGAAGUGAUCACUGGUCACAAGAACGCCAUCUAAUAACUCAAUUUAAUUCUGUGUUUUGUUGUAAUCGAUUACCUUUGUCGGGCAUGUUUAGUUGUAUUGACACCAAGCUCUAUGCGAUGACAUGUGUCAACCAAAUCAGCGAGCCUGACCACCUGAUCCCGUUAGUCGCCUCUUACGACAAGCAGACAAUCAUCAGCCAAAAUAAACUUUGAGCUUGUAGAUAAAGUGGAGUCUUGAACAACAUCUGCAGGGAUAUCCAUGUUGAAAUUGGUCUUCAGUAACCUUUGGUUGUGGCACAAGUCGAUCGGGUGGUCAGUUUCGCUGACUAUGUACAAGAAUAUCACCAGGCUAGCUAUUCUCGAGACGUUCGUAACGC